UAUCACUUCAGUUGUUGAACAGAAAAAUGUUGAAAUGCACAAAGUUUCAAUUGCAGCAGCCAAGAAAUGGGAUGAUUUUAUCUUCUACAUUCAGCCUUCAUUUUAGGUCAUCAUCUCCUAAUGGUCUCAAGGAAGCGUUGCAAUCCAAUUUACCUAAGGAGGAGCAUGUGUCCAGAUUUCUUAAGAGGAAAUGGGCAUUGAGAAGUCCAGACACCAAAAUUAACCAAAUAAUGAUAUCAAAAGAUGGUCUUCAACAGGGAGGUGAAAAUCCAGGGAAUCUUUCCUUUCUGAAUAAUCCACAACCGUCUAUGGGUAAUCAUGUGACGAGAAACAACCGACAGCAACCUUCGUUUUAUAUAGUAAGAGAUGAUUUGUUGCAUCCUCUGGUGAAUGGUAAUAAGGCAAGGAAACUGGAUGCACUACUCCCUCUCUUGGAAGAUAGUUCUGUGACAGAUGUUGUCACAUGUGGAGGUUGCCAAAGUGCACAUGCUGCAGCUGUUGCUGUUUCAUGUGCUGAAAGGGGAUUGAAGUCACAUUUACUUCUCCGAGGAGAACAACCAGCAACUCUGACGGGUUACAAUCUAAUUUCAACAUUAUAUGGAAAUGUUAGUUAUGUACCGAGAUCUCAAUAUUCUAGGAGGGGGGAGAUGCUCUCAAAGCAUGCACAUCUUGUUGCAGGAAAUGGUGGCUUAGUUAUCUCACUUGUUGAUUUAGAGUCUUCUUUAUCCUCUCACGGAUGCGGUGAACACUCUUCACACAUGGAUGCUCUUACAAAAGGGAGUAAGAAGGUUGCUAUUAUUAAUGAAGGGGCUGGAGAUGCUGCUGCAUUGCUAGGUGUUGUGCGCCUUGUUGAUUACUUGUCUCAGGACCAUCUAUUUGGGAAAGAUCAACAGUUAAAAAUUAUUAUAGAUGCUGGAACAGGAACAACAGCUGUUGGUUUUGGAAUUGGAGCGGUGUGCUUAGGGCUCCCAUGGGAGGUCACUGCAGUUAUGCUGGCUGACACUAUUGAUGGAUACCAGAAAAAGGAGGAAAGUUUAAUUUCUGAAUUCCGUAGAUGCUUUACUCUUCAUCUUGGCGAGCAAGUGCUAACCGGAAUGGAAUCUGGACUUGUGCACUGGGUCGAACGCAGCUCUCGGAGAAAAUUUGGCAAUAUACUGAAGGGGGAAGUUGAAAUAUGUCGAAAGAUUGCUCAAGAAACUGGUAUUCUUCUCGAUCCAGUUUACACUUUGGCUGCUUGGGAACUGGCAACUCAACUUGGUCAGGAGGAAUGUGCAAAAGUGGUAAUGCUUCACACAGGAGGUACACUUGGUAUGUUUGGUCUGGCUCAGCGUUACAAAUCGUACUUUGAAAUGUUGAAAGAUGAAUAUUGCAGCUAAUGCUAGUAACUUUAUGUGAUGGUAUUAUUGUAAGGAAUGGGACUUGAAUUCCACAUCGGUUAACUGGGGAGCUGAUAUAGGGCUUAUAUAGUCUUGUGUCAUGACCCGCCACUUGAUCAUCAGAAAGGGGGUGACACUUGGCCUCUCCUUCCUUAAUAACUAGCUUUUGGGAUGCGAUUCUCCUAAGGUUGUAUGCUUGUAUCAAUAGUAUCAGAGUCUCCUACCAUCCCUGUGCCCACCGUGCCUUGGAUGGUGACACUGGUAUUAAAAUGUUUGACUGGGGCUAACAAUAUCUAGGGCACCAGCCAUUUGAGGACGAUGGAUGUGGAGCAUAGUGGUUUGUGAUAAUAUUAUUAUAAGGAAUGGGACUUUCAGUGAUUGAGUCUCACAUCGGUUAAAUGUGGAGCUGACGUGAGGCUCAUAUAGCUUUAGACUCUCCCACCUCAAAUGCUAACUUUUGGAGUAUGGUUCUCCUAAGGUUGUAUUACUUGAACUAUUACCAAAUCUUAAAUUGAAUGGCAUGUCUUUCACCUCUUUUAUGGUAAA